UCUCUGGUGACGUCAUCCAGGCGCGCCUGAUGCGGCGGCAAAGGAAGGGGAGGAGAAAGAGGAAGGAGCGGGACGGGCGGGCCGCAGGAGCCGGGACUCUCUCCCCUCCCUCCCCGCAGCACGGGCGGAGGGGCUCCUGGGAGGCGGAGAUGCGGCCCGGCCGGCCCCUUGCCGCCCGAGGAGGCUGAGCCGGGAGCCAGGCCUCUGGGCCGCCCCCCCAAGAGGGACCGUGAGGUUACUGAUACGUUGAACCUGCUUCCACAGCUCUCUUGUUGGCUGAAGUAACUCACUAUGGCUCCUAAAGAUAUCAUGACUAAUUCUCAUGCCAAAUCCAUUCUCAAUGCAAUGAAUUCUCUGCGAAAAAGUAACACAUUAUGUGAUGUGACCCUUCGUGUGGAACAAAAAUACUUUCCAGCCCAUCGGAUUGUGCUAGCUGCUUGCAGUGACUACUUCUGUGCUAUGUUCACCAGUGAGCUUUCAGAGAAGGAUAAACCCUAUGUAGAUAUCCAAGGUCUAACAGCCUCAACAAUGGAAAUACUGCUGGACUUUGUGUACACAGAAACUGUUCAUGUCACAGUGGAGAAUGUUCAAGAGUUGCUCCCAGCAGCCUGUCUACUUCAGCUAAAAGGAGUAAAGCAGGCUUGUUGUGAAUUCUUGGAAAGCCAACUGGAUCCAUCCAACUGUCUGGGCAUCCGAGAUUUUGCUGAAACACACAAUUGUGUUGACUUAAUGCAGGCAGCUGAAGUCUUCAGCCAGAAGCACUUCCCAGAUGUAGUUCAGCAUGAGGAGUUUAUACUUCUGAAUCAAGAAGAAGUGGAAAAGCUCAUCAAAUGUGAUGAAAUACAGGUUGAUUCUGAAGAGCCUGUCUUUGAGGCAGUUAUUAAUUGGGUGAAGCACUCAAAGAAAGAACGGGAAGCAUCCCUGCCGGAGCUGCUACAAUAUGUCCGCAUGCCACUUCUCACCCCACGCUACAUCACUGACGUCAUAGACACUGAGCCUUUUAUUAGAUGCAGUUUGCAAUGCAGAGACCUUGUAGAUGAAGCUAAGAAGUUUCAUUUAAGGCCUGAGCUUCGAAGCCAAAUGCAGGGACCUAGAACCAGAGCACGUUUAGGUGCCAAUGAGGUGCUUUUAGUAAUUGGAGGUUUUGGAAGUCAGCAGUCACCUAUUGAUGUGGUGGAGAAAUAUGAUCCAAAAACACAGGAAUGGAGCUUCUUACCCAGCAUCAGCCGUAAAAGACGCUAUGUUGCCACAGUUUCCUUGCAUGAUCGGAUAUAUGUAAUCGGUGGUUACGAUGGCCGUUCUCGUCUUAGCUCCGUAGAAUGUUUGGAUUAUACAUCUGAUGAAGACAGUAUCUGGUACUCUGUGGCUCCUAUGAAUGUUCGACGGGGCCUCGCAGGGGCCACUACUUUGGGAGACAUGAUCUAUGUUUCUGGAGGUUUUGAUGGAAGCCGGCGUCACACCAGUAUGGAAAGAUAUGAUCCCAACAUUGAUCAGUGGAGCAUGCUGGGAGAUAUGCAGACAGCUCGAGAAGGAGCAGGGCUGGUGGUUGCUAAUAAUGUUAUCUACUGUCUUGGUGGCUAUGAUGGUCUAAACAUCUUAAAUUCUGUGGAGCGAUAUGAUCCUCACACGGGACAUUGGACAAAUGUCACUCCGAUGGCCACCAAACGUUCAGGAGCUGGAGUAGCCUUGUUGAAUGAUCAUAUUUAUGUGGUUGGGGGUUUCGAUGGAACAGCACAUCUGUCCUCUGUAGAAGCAUAUAACAUUCGCACUGACUCCUGGACAACAGUGACCAGCAUGACUACUCCUCGCUGUUAUGUGGGUGCAACAGUGCUGAGGGGAAGGCUUUAUGCCAUAGCAGGGUAUGACGGGAACUCCCUCCUGAGCAGCAUUGAGUGUUACGACCCUAUUAUUGACAGCUGGGAAGUGGUAACAUCACUGGGGACCCAACGUUGUGAUGCUGGUGUUUGUGUGCUGCGGGAAAAGUGACUAUAGAGAAGAACUGUGCAAGAACAUUUCCAGAGAAGAUAGGACAAAAAGUAGCAACUGACUUGGUGUUGUUGAUCUUCUUGCUGUGGAUGCAGUGACUUGCAUUUGGCCUUUGCUGCACACCAUGCAGCCCAUCUUCCAAGCUACUGAUUCCAAUUCAGAAAUGGACAAACAAAAUAAACUACAUAUUGGCACUUUGAGCUGAAAAUCAAUAAAAUACAUGCCCCCCUGAGAAUGAGAUUUCAAAGCAACAAGGACACUUCUGCCUUUUGACCUGCUGAGUGCCUGGGAUUAAGCAGCUCAUCUUGGUUGUUUCUAAAGCAUCGACACACAAGGAGAUCUGCAUAUAGGUCCAAGGCUUAGAGUUGCUUGAGUUUUUCCAUGCACAUAAUAUGCUGCUGCGCUGGCGUGCUGAUAAAUGAACAUUGUGUCUUUUUCAGGUUUGGCAUUGACUUGCAGAAAGUAUGGAAAGAAAAGUCAGCCAUAGGUUAGUGCGUGCAGCUUACUAAUGCAGUAUGUCUUUUUAAAGUAUUUUGACUUUCCAACUUCAAAACGGAACAGAGGGGAAUGGGAACUCUGACCAAUUGCAAUAUUCAUUCUGCCUGCUGAAAGAAUGGUGGUAGGAAAAGUAUAUUUUUAUGUUGUCUGCUGGAGGCUGGAUACAAAUAUUUGGGGGGGGGGGAGGGUGAUCCACAUUUUGUAAAGCAAAAUCUGCCUUCACCUGUUCCUUUAUCUAGACAUCCUGAGUAGCAGCAAAACUGCGCCUGUAAUAACUAUAUUAUUGGGUGCUUGGGCAGAAUAGAGGAGUGCAGAUAUGCAUGUCUUUUCGGGGCUUGAGUGUCUGCCUCUUCCCCCUCCCCCUCCCCCCAAAAAAUCCCAGAGCACCCCUUAAUUGACACCAGUCACUUCAAAAGUCUGCAUUGCAAGUAAGACUGGUGCCUAAUGGCCCAUGGAAGGCUGUCAGGCUCCAUGUCCAGCAUGGAUACUCUCAGCACAGGAUCUCUCUCACUUCAUCUCUGCUUUUUAAAAUACCGUUUUCUGUGCUGCUGUUUAAACAGUAGCAGCCAAAGUAGGAGCGUUAAAGGUCAUGUACCUUUAAGAGCAUACAAAUGUUGCCAACACAUUGUUUGUUUUCCUGUGCUCUUUCCAGAUGCUGUCACAAGCAAAGAUGGUGACCCUUGGCGUGAACUGGAAUUCUUACAUUUUUGCUCAAGGCCUCUUUCUGUAGUAUCCUUUAGGAUUCCCUUUCUUCCUGUCUAUUUAAAAACCCUCUGGUGUGUAUGCAGUGUAUUAGGUGUGUGAAAAUAAGUCACAUUGCUAAAACAGACACAUGAGCCUGUGGAUAAUGCCGCUCCACCCCUCGGUGAUGUGCCCUGAACCUUCAGCAUGACCCUAAAGCUCUCCUUGAUCAACUGAGCCUCUUCUGUGUUGCCCAAUCAGGAACCAAGGGGUGAAUGUAUUUAUUUUCUUGGGUGCUGUGGACUUCUUGCUUGGGGGGUGUGGUAGCAUGGGAUUAUGAUGCACUUUCAAACAACACUUGAGUUUAUAAAGUCUGUCCUAUCACGCCAGUGUUUGUGAUUCAUUUCUUAUGUAUUUUUUAAUAAAAGUAUCUCUGGUGAGUA